AUGAAGCUUGGUUCAGGAGAUGAAACGGCGCCCAAGCUCAAUCUCGACCUCGAGCUACUGACCCGCGGCGACGACGAACAUGAGAAGGCGAAGCCGCACAGGAAGCGGAAGAGGGCGGCCGCCGCCGACGGCGUGUUCGAGUGCAAGACGUGCCACCUCCGGUUUGCAACGUUCCAAGCGCUGGGCGGCCACCGGACCAGCCACAUGCGCUGCGACCGGAAGGCGGGCCGACUGGAGAAGGCCGGCGUGUGCCACCGGUGCACGGUGUGCGGAGCGAGGUUCGAGAUGGGGCAGGCUUUGGGCGGCCACAUGCGGCGGCACAAGGCCGCGGGUGGGUGUUGGAAGGAGCGGAGGAGGGCGAGGGAGGUGGUGGAGAUUGGGGUGGUGCCUUUGGAGGUUAACAUGUUUGAUGUGGUGCGGAGAAGCGCCAGUGCUUGUGAGCUCCUACAAUUGUUUGUUUGA